AUGGACCGCAGCAACGUCGCCGCGGCCGGUGCGGUGUCCGUCGAGGUGCGCGGCGGCGGCGGCGGCUCGCCGCCGGCGGGCGCGGGGAGGAAGCGCCGCGCGGUGGCGAGGGGCGUCCAGAGCACGCUCUCCAAGACGUCCAUGCUGGCCAACUUCCUCCCCACGGGCACGCUCCUGACCUUCGACAUGCUCCUCCCGGCCGCCUCGGGCGACGGCACCUGCUCGGCGGUCAGCGUCGCGAUGCUCAGGGCGCUCCUCGCGCUCUGCGCCGCCUCCUGCUUCCUCUUCCACUUCACCGACAGCUUCCGCGCGCCGGAUGGGAAGGUGUACUACGGCUUCGUCACGCCGCGGGGCCUGUCGCUGUUCAGGACCGGGCUCGACGGCGUCGAGGUGCCCAGGGAGGAGAGGUACCGGCUCGCCUUCGUCGACGUCGUGCACGCCGUCAUGUCGGUGCUGGUCUUCGCGGCCGUCGCGCUCGCGGACUACCGGGUCUCCGGGUGCCUCGUCACCGGCCACCGCAAGGAGAUGGACGAGGUGAUGGAGAGCUUCCCGCUCAUGGUGGGCGCCGUGUGCAGCGGCCUCUUCCUGGUGUUCCCAAACACCCGCUACGGCAUCGGUUGCUUGGCUGCGUAG